GUCAAUCUAUUAAAAUUUGAUUUUUUUUUUAUUGUAAAGAAUUUUAGUCCGAAAUUCAACAUAAUGUUUCCCAGUGUCACUUUUAUGAUUAUGUUGCUGCCUUUUGCGACUCUGGCUGUUGAAGACAAACCGAACAAGUACACUAGGUACAAUUACUGCAAACUGAACUGCGAUGUGUACGCACAUUCUGCUUGCAUGUGUAUACGUAUACCACCACGAAAAGAAAUCAGAAAUUUACCAUACAAGAAAUUCAGAAAGAUGGUCCUCCACGAACAUAACAAAUGGCGGAACUAUCUAGCGUCAGGCAAUGAAAGCAGGCCACAGAUCGGGUGGACCCCUGCUGCUGGUAACAUGUUGGUAAUGAGCUACGACCUCGAACUGGAAUACAUCACCCGAUGUCGCGGACUGAUGACUUUCAGGUACAACGAAUGGGAUGAAACAGGUCAGGAUAAGUGCAGACUUCGCAAAGGUGGUUUCCCUGUUGGCCAAAAUUUAUUCGGUUCUAGCGAAAAUGAUACGCUGGAAAUGAUCCGUAGCGGAAUACAAACAUGGUAUGACGAAGUGGAAUGGGUGACGGAUGAAGACAUUGUAGAUCAAUUUGGUGGAAUAGGUGACACUAUUGGAAGUUACACCCAGAUGAUCUGGUGGAGUACGAAUCGAGUGGGAUGUUCCAUGGUUUAUAAUCCCGAAAACAGGGAAUCUUGGCGCUAUACUCUGAUCUGCAAUUAUGCGAGUUCCGUUGUUCCCACUUCCGCUGGAAACAGAAUAGGUGCACAAAUAUAUCAAAGAUCAGAAACCCCAUGUGACAGUUGUCCAAAUGGAACGACGUGUGGCGCAACGCCCGAAUACCCAUAUUUGUGUGGGAAGCAGAAGCCGGUACCAACCCAAGCACCAGCAUUAAUUAAAAGAACGUUUAGCGAAGGAGGCGAAAGUUUUGGACGCUCAUUUGAAAUUGGCAAACCACCAGAAGAAGCCUUUAGUCGAGCAGAAAAAAAAGGGGACAAAGUCGUCGGGUAUUUUCUAUUGGUACUUUUGUAUUUGGUGUAUUAAGUUUCUGGCAGCAACUUUGUCUUUACUAAAAGAUUGUUUGUACAAAU